AUGGAUCCUGACUUACAAAGGGAGUUUGUGAGAGACAACAUGGACGCAGAUCUUCAAUUCAUCUUAGGUGAAUCUGGAGUAGAGCUUGAAAAUCAAGCGGCCAUUGCCCGUCACUACGGCUCCCUUCGAAAGUUCAGUGCACUUGGUGAUGAUCGUGCAUCAAUACGUACAGCUUGUUUACACGACUUUGCAAUUCCGGCUGAUACGCCCCAAGCGAGAGCCCAGACAGCUUCAGUGGUAGCAGCAUGGGAAACGGCAAAGGAAUACAUGGCAAAGGAGAUUGAACUCAAAGCCGAGGCCAAAAUUUUGGGCCAACCGAGAGUGUUGCAAAUACAUGAGAGGCAAGCCAUGAUUCGUGCAGUUGAACUGGUACAUGGAUCAUUGAAUGAUGCUGAAUGUCCCUCUUCGGACUACUUGUCGAUUAAAGCUGAAGAGACGGAGUGCAAUGAGCCGACAGCGGCGCCAUUGGAUGAGAUUGUGAGUAAACAAGCGUCCACUAACUCUCAGAUACAAUUGGCAGUGGACACAACAGGGCACAUUAGGGUGACAAGGACAAAGACAAAGGCCAAGAUGCCUUCUUCAACUGAAGAGUACAGGCGUGUCAUGAAAGUGGAGAUGUUCUCAUGGCUUUGCAUGUCAUCAAGGUACAAGUCAAAACACUGGUUACAUGGUUUGACAUCGACCCCGUUUCUCAAGUUCACGGAGUUCAUCCUGGGCGACAGGGUGUAUGGAUUACAGAUACCAUCAUCCACGGGGGACAACAGUCAACAGAGGGUCAAACCAGACUGGACAGUGAUUUUGGCGUUUGAGCACAAGCUCCGAAAGGAGGCAAUGAAGAAGGUCCACAAUGGACACACAUUGGCGGACGCUUUGGAGGCAGUCAUUCGUGACCCUGACUUGAAGGAGGCCUACUUCACGACACCAAUGGCCUUGAAGGCAUCUAUGCCAGAGCCUCAGCCCUUCAAAUAUCAGCGCUUCAACAACAAAGGAAGCUUUCGAGGCAAGCAGUUCUCCACUUACUCCAAAGGAAAAGGCAAGGGAUCCAAAGGAAAGACAAAGGGCAAAUCCAUGGACACGAGGCUCAAAGGAUUGAGUUUAGCAUGGAGAACGCCAGAUGGAAGGGAGUUGUGCUUCGCUUGGAACACAGGUGCAGAUUUGGCAGCAGAAGGUGUCAGGCGCCUCAUGUCUUGGAGGGACAGCAUGCAAAGCCGUUCAAAGCGUGAACAGACACGUCGAUGCAACCUCAGUUUUGAGUUCAUUAGGCAUCCUGGUGCGCAGUUUGGGCGCAGUUUGCAAGAAGAGUUUGAAGACAUUGUGAGAGAGAAUCCUGCUUACAUUUUGGACAUUGCCAAACGUCGUUUGAAGAGGCGGUCAAAGACGCUUCGAAAUCGCCUGCGUUCAUGGAACAAGUUCCGAGAUUGGCUCUUGGCUUUGUCAGGUACGGUCUGGCCUAAGACCCUAACACCCUUGAUUGCAUAUGUGGAAGAAAAGAUUCAAGAUGGUUGCAGUUUUUCCUGUGUCAGCGAGUUUCAUGCGUCGUUCACCAUUUUGGAGCAACUGGGGAAGGUGCCAGAGGACAAGAGGUUGUCGAAUGACCCAGUUUGGUUGGGCCAUGUUGCGAGCUGGAAGUUGGAGCUAGAGCUUGAGUCUAGGCGAGAUGCUACCUUGAGUGGCUACGACUGGCUUGGGACUGGCUUGGAGCUUACCUCACAUGAGAGUUUUCAAUACAAAAGGGAUUACUUGGUUCCUGCUCCAAAUGCUGCCUUCGAUGGUUUUGUGCCGAAGAUUGUAGAACCUCCGAGCUUGUCCAUCUCAAUUCGUAUCGUUUUGGGCAGGCUUGGUACCCCGAAGUUCCAAGAUGGUUACUGGCGUGUGAACAUGAGCAUGCUCCUGGCGCCAGGUGAUGUUUUGCUUUUCUGGACAGGUCACAGCCCACGCCAUUUCCUGAACCAAGCGGCCCUGGCCUUAAACAUCAGCAAAGAGAGGAGAGACUUUCUAGGAAGGUGGUCAAUUGGGAAGUCGGGCAGUAACACCUACAUUCACACGGCGCGUCAAGUCGUCGAAGAGGUUCAACACCAGGUCGUGAGCUCAUUGGUCAAUGGGACUGCUUGCAUUGAUGAGUCAGAAUUGUUGGAUGAACUGGCAAAAUUCUCAGAUGAACACAACACGGUGGGCCAUCGCAUCCGCCGUCGUCAUGCCCAGCAGCUUCACCGGGACUUGCAGCAGGGACCUUUCGAUGAAGGUGAGUCGGGAGCUGAGGAGCCAGAUGUAGAUAUGUCAAUUGAUACGGAAGACCAUUUUCAGGCCCUUCAACCGCAAGGUUCGCAGGCAAAGUAUUUUGUGACAGUUUCCAGAAGGACAGGGGUGAGGCGUUUGCAUGCUUACUUCAAGUGCCCAGUCAGGACACAACGAUGUUUGGAGACAUAUGAUGUGGAAAGAGUGGAUGAAGAAACAUUUGAUGCAAUGUGUGCCAUUUGCAAGCGUCGUUUGAAGGUUGAUCAGGGCGAAGCCCAUUCAGAUUCAAGCAGUACCUCUGGAGAUUCAUCCUCCACAGAGGUGGGUGAAGAGGCAGACAAUGAAAACGAUUAG